AUGGCUGACACGUCAGGAAAUGCGCUGAAGCGCCCUCACCCGGAGGAUCACGACAACAACUCCCAAAAGCGGACCCGCUCCAACAAUGGGUCUCCAGCGCCAGGUCAGGGAGGUGCUGCCCCGGGCAAACCAGAUAUUGCCAAAAUGGUGGCCGAGGCCAGGGCUAAGGCAGAUGCUGUGCGCGCUCGUUUACAAGCCGCGCGUGGUGGUGCGACAGCAUCACCGACACCACCCGCGACUGGUUCUGCAAGUCCUGCUCCGCCAGCACCCUCACCCGCUAUGUCAAAACUCGAACAGAUGAAGGCUAGAGUUGCUGCAGCUACUCAACGAGCCAGUGCGCCUUCCCAACCCCGACCAGCUGCGCCGGCACCAUCCUACCAACCUCCGACGCGCGACGAUGAGGGCAUGAGUAAAGCACGUGGUGGUCUCGAUGUUGGUCUUCACCCUGCACUUCUCUCGGAUGCCACCUCGGACUUCCGUAGCGGAAAGGGAAAGCAGGCCAAGCCCAAACGUGCGGGCGGGCCCCAGCUUGAUCUGUCUGGCCCGUCUGUGGAGGAGAUCAAGAACAACCCGUACUUUGACCCAAGUCUCAACCCUAAAGCAACAGUGGCCAAGCCACGACAGUCUCGCCAGCUUCUCUUCAACCAGAAAGGAAAAUACAUUCAACAGGCUGCGGCUCUGCGCAGACAGGCACAGUUGGAAGCCAUGAAAAAGAGAAUUGCCGAGAAAGCACGACAGGCCGGUCUCGACGAGGAAAUGGACGUCGAGAAGGCAUUCCUGGUUCCUGCUCCCCCAGCCAUAGAAUGGUGGGAUGAGGGUCUUGUUACUGGCGGCGACUAUUCUGCAAUUGAGAACCAACAAAAUAUCAAAAUUGAUACCCCCGACACUAUCAUCACCAACUAUAUCCAGCAUCCUAUCCAGCUAGAACCUCCACAGGAAAAGCAUGUGCCUGCCCAAAAGGCUAUGUACCUGACUCCUAAGGAACAGGCCAAGAUUCGCCGGCAGCGACGCGCAGCAGACCUCAAGGAGGAGCAGGCCAAGAUCCGACUUGGUCUUGUGGAAGCACCUGCCCCCAAAGUCAAGAAGUCUAAUCUUAUGCGGGUUCUCGGAGAACAAGCUGUUAAGGAUCCUACGGCCGUGGAAGCACGUGUCACCAGGGAGAUUGCAGAUCGGAAGGAGGCGCACGAGCAUGCAAAUGAAGAGCGCAAGUUGACAAAGGAGCAACGACAUGAGAAGCUGGCAGCUCAGAAGGAGAAAGAUGCUUCUCUGGGCAUCUUCCAAUCUGUGUACCGCAUUGACAGCUUGGCAAGCGGCCGGAACCGCUUCAAGAUUGGCAAGAACGCGGAGCAGAAUAAUUUGACGGGAAUUUGUGUCAUGCAUCCCAAGCUGAAUCUUGUGGUUGUUGAGGGGGGCAAGCACUCCAUUAACAACUACCGAAAGCUGAUGGUGAACCGCAUUGAUUGGACCGAAAACCCUGGUUCGGAUCGAGCUUCUGCUGAUAGCCCUGAAGCCCAAGUGGCAUGGCUAUCCACGCAAGAUGAAAAAGGAGAACCUCGUGACUUCAGCCAGAAUACAUGCAAUCUCAUCUGGGAAGGCCAAGCCAAGGGUCGAUCGUUCAAGAGGUGGUUUGGUGCCCGUGUCUGUGAAACAGACUCAGCGGCCAAAGAUGCUUUGUCCAGGGCCAAGAUGGAGAACUUCUGGACUCUCGCGAAGAGCGCUAAGCCAGCUGAAUUCUAA